UUUUGAUGAUUGUAGCAGUUGUAUUAAUUGAAUUUUUUCUCUUCGUUUCUCCUUUAAACACUAAAAUUUUGUCUUAGAACCACAGACAAAAGCUGUUUACGGUUUCAUCUAGAUUACAGUAAAUAAAUCACAGCAUCAGUAGCGACUGCACGCAGAGCGUGCGGGUCGUAUGGGCGGAGCUGAGCACUCAACGCCACGCCCACUCAGACAGAUCCGGUUAGACAGGAGAUCCCGAACUCCCAGAGGCAUUUCAUCUACCUGUGAGGUGAAUGAGUACACACAUCUGCUAAAAACUCAAGACGUCAAACAAACCUAACGAAUUAUUGGUUACAUAACUUGGAAAAGCAGACAUCGGCGAGGUCAAUGUAGCCACUCUGAAGACUCAGAUCAGUGAUAAGAGGGAUUAUAAAAUCUCAAUUUCACCGUAUGAAUAAGAGAUCUAUGAAGUUUGGACGGCAUCAGACAUGAUGGGAAACUCUGAAGUCGUGCUGAUUUUGACCUUUAUCACCACUUUAAUGUCACAGGCAGCAGGUGUCGGUCCUCCAGGCAAGCCCAGACACAUAUUCUGUCGCUCUCCAGAGAAAGAGACCUUUACCUGCUGGUGGGAACCGGGAGAUGAUGGGGGCUUGCCGGUCACAUACGCCCUCUACUACCGUCUAGAAAACUCAGAGACAGUAUUCGAGUGUCCGGAUUACAGAACCGCAGGCGAGAACUCGUGUUUCUUCAACAGAAAUUACACUUCACUGUGGGUCAACUACAACAUCACUGUGGUGGCCACCAAUGCCCUGGGCAACAACGUUUCAGAACCCAUGGAUGUGGACGUGGCGUAUAUAGUUCAACCAAACAUUCCCGAGAACGUCACAGCGAUAGUGGAUGAAAAAGACAAGACCAGUCCAUUUGUGAAGGUGUCCUGGGAGAAGCCAAAAUCCGCAGACACCCGAUCAGGGUGGAUCACGCUAGUUUACCAGCUGCGAGUUAAACAAGAGAAAGAUAAGGAUUGGGAGGAAUAUGAUGCUGGCAUGCAGAAAUACUAUAAGAUAUUCAGUCUUCACCCCGGUAAAGAAUACAUGGUGCAAGUGAGAUGUAAGCCUACACCACACGAAGGGUUCUGGAGCGAGUGGAGCCAAACAAUCUACGUUGAAAUGCCCGACUACAUCAGAAAACAUUCCCUAUGGAUCUUGAUUACCAUUUUCUCAGUCUUUGGUGUCCUCAUCCUCACAUGGACGUUGAGCAUCAAUCGAAACAGUGUGAAGCUGUGUUUGCUGCCUCCUGUGCCUGGACCGAAAAUUAAAGGAUUUGACAAACAGCUGCUAAAGAAUGGCAAGUCCGAGGAAGUUUUUAAUGCUCUGGUAAUACAGGGUUUUCCACCGACCACCGAUUACGAUGGUUUAUUGGUGGAAUAUCUUGAGGUGUACGAUAAUGAAGAGCAGGAAUUAGCAUUGGAUGGGAAAGAUCUGUCAGAAGACUACCUGAAAUCCCACAACACAUCAGACAGCGACUCCGGCCGUGGCAGCUGCGACAGUCGCACCCUGCUGUUGGAGAAAUGCCUGGAGCGACGAGAGGCAAGCGGUAACAUGCAACACUACAGCCAGCAUGGAGAAACCAACGAAGGCAGCGAAUGCCAGGGGGGUGAACCGGGUUCACCGCAGUCCACGGACGGGCACGCCAAGACCUGGCCCGUCGUUUUUUCGUCUCCACAACCUCACCAAUAUCAAGUAGGAGCAGCUAAACCCACCCAUCACAGCGUUCCAGAGAUUUUCAGCAUCUCUUCGACACCCAUCAGUUACCACCAACUUCAUCAUCGGGACUUGACAACGCAAGAGGGCCGCUUGAGCAAACCCCCCUGUCGACAUUCCCAAAGCUACAACCAGUUCAGUCUGGACAAUCCCGAGUCUCCUGGCGUGCCUCAAUCGCAAUCCAUGGAAUAUGUAGAGGUGCAGAGGAUCGGCCCUGAAAAUGUGUUACUGCUCAGGCCUCUUUCAGACCCCAACGGCGAACAGGACUAUUUUGAGCCCGUUGGGGAGGACUACAGCAGAGUCAAAGAGGUGACAUCAAACAAUAUGCUCCUUCUGCAGGCAGAUACGCCUCCGCAGUCCUCGGACGAUUACAGCCAGGUCUCGGACAGCCAAAGCGACCGAUGCUCGACCCAACACCAGCUUCAUCCCUGCAAACCUCUCAUCCAAGUGUCGUAUAGUCCACUGGACGACAUGAGGCUGAUGGGGAAUGGUUAUGUGGACUCGACAGCAUUACUUUCCUAAUACGGACACUCUAAGACUGCAAUACAAAAAGCCGUCCACAUCUUAAAACAAAUUUGUUAUAAAAUGUAAUAGCAACUUAUAAAGGCCUCUGAGAAGCACUUACUGUAGACACAACUUCUUUUUUAGGGGUUUCAAUGGGAUGAUUUGUAUUUAAAAUUAUAUUUAUAUUGAGAAGAUUACACUUAAAGGUGCAGUGUGUAAAUUUUAACGGCAUCUAGUGGUGAGGUUGCGAACUGCAACCAACAGCUAAGUCCACUGCUCAUCUAUCGCUUUUGAAACACAUAGAAAAGCUACGGUAGCCGCCACAGGACAAACAUGUCAUCGUCAGAGACAACUUAGUAAAAAAGUUUGUCUAUUAAGGGCUUCUGUAUGAACAUGGCGGGACAAAAUGGCGGCUUCCAUGUAAGGGGACCCCCCGUGUAUGUAGAUAAAAACGUCUCAUUCUAAGGUAAUAAACACAUAACGGUUCAUUACGAAAGGUCUUUAUACACCCCUGAUAAUAUAGUUUUAUAUAUUAUUUUGCAUUUCUGUCAAGAGAUCCUUCUAAAAAUUACACACUGCACCUUUAAGUGUAAAAAAGGGUUUGUUUUAUAGCAGAGCUGACUUUUCUCAAGCAUCUCUGUGCCCCUUAAAGAUCGCUUUUUGAAAAGAUUGGAAUCCGUGUUAUAUCAUAAUGCAAAAAAUCUGUUUGUUUUCAUGUAUAUCAUAUUUACAGAUUUAUAGGAUUUAGCACUUAGCUGCCCUCAGCAAUGCACUGCAUAAUGUUUUUGUAAAUGUAUUUUGGAUCAUGGCACUGUUACGCGGCUGUUCUUGUGCUGUUCGGGGUCAUUUGUUUUGAGUGCUGGGGUAACGCAUUACAAGUAACGUGCAUUACGCAAUAAUAUUACUUUUCUGAAGUAACGAGUAAAGUAACGCAUUACCUUAUAAAUGUACACAUUAAUAUUUGAGUUACUUUUUUAAACUUAACGUAGUCACAUUAUGCACUCUAUGCGUACACGCCUGUAUGGGAACAGUUUGAGUCCGAAACUGAGAUGGCAGGCCAAACCUCGACAUUUUUGUGUUAAAAUAUGCAAUUUCUAAAUGCAGAACUUUUCAGUCAUAAAAACACCUGCAAGGCAUGAAAGAGAUCAAGCCUCAGCCAAGAAAAAGUAACGCAAAAGUAACUAAAAAGUAACAUAAGCAUUACUUUCCAUGAAAAGUAACUAAGUAACGCAAUUAGUUACUUUUUUCGGAGUAACUUAAUAUUGUAAUGCAUUACUUUUAAAAGCAACUUUUGUUUUUUUAGGAAUAUGAACUUAUCCUUAAGUAUUGCCAAAACGUACUCGCCCCAAUGUAGAACAGAAGUCGCACCACAUUGAAAUUUUGAGUGUUUUUUCUAACACUUCUAAUAUGCCAUUUAUCUAAGACCGAGUUUUCUUUGUGCUGCAGUUGGUUUAAUCCUACUGAAAUCCUCCUGUUGUUCAUUUAUGAAAACAAAUGAAUCUGCAUAAUUCCAGCCAAGAUGUAUUUUUUAAGUAUUAAAGUACGAUAAUGCAAAAGUAAACAAUGAGAUUAACUCAUUGUAAGGUGUUUCACUUUUAGACAAUUUUAAUACAACAAUUAAUGAAACUGAUUGUAUACGCAAAGCUAUUAUCAGUACACUAUCAGAAAAUAAAUGGUACCCCAGCUGUCACUCGGGUGGUACACUUUCAAAAAGUACAACUUUGCACAUAAAGAGCUCCUAUAGAGGUACAUAUUGUUACCAAAUGUAUACACAUAUUAGGACCUUUAGGGUACUGCCCCAGCUGAGGUACAUAUUUUGGCCUUUUUUUCUAAUGGUGUAUAAAACUAGAAAAUGCAAACUGCCAGCAUAUUAUAAAUUAUAUUUAUAAACAGUGUUGGGGUAACGCAUUACAAGUAACUGUGCAUUACGUAAUAAUAUUACUUUUCUAAAGUAACGAGUAAAGUAACAUUACUUUUAAAUGUACACAUUAAUAUUUGAGUUACUUUUUUUAAAUAGUAAUGCACGUUACUUUUCAAAUUAAUUAAUUUUAUUUAAAAAGAAUAAUAUAUUAAAUUAAACUGAACGUAGUCAUGUAGAAUUACGCACUAUAUGCGUGCGAACCUGAGCGAGAACAGUUUAAGUCAGAAACAAGGUUGGCAAGCCAUAGCUUGACAUUUUUGCGACCGAAAUAUGCAAUUUCUGAAUGCAGAACUUCUCAAUCAUAAAAAAACACCUGCAAAGAGAUCAAGCUUAGCCAAAUAAGAAAAAGUAACGCAAAAGUAACUUAAAAGUAACGUAAGUAUUACUUUCCAUGAAAAGUAACUAAGUAACGCAAUAAGUUACUUUUUUGGGGAGUAACUUUCCCCAACACUGUUUAUAACUGAUGACAGAUAUUUUCCAAAUCUAGUUAGUUUUUCAGUAUUCAAUAGCGUAUAUAUUAGACUGGCACGUUUUAAUGAGGAUAAACAUUAAAUCAGCUCUCCGUUUUAUAUUUUUGAUAUAAAAAGAAAAUGGUGAACAGAAUGAAUAUAUUCUAAAGCAACAUUAUCUUGUACAUACAUAAAUGAUGGUAGUUGGUGAGUCUCAUUUACCAUGCGCUUGCCUUUGCAAAUCAACCUCUGACCCCCACAUGUUGCCUUUAUUUUAUAAGUUACAUUGAUGUACCUAAGUAUGCAGGAUAUUACGAACUUUAAUCAUUUUUGAGUGUAUUUUAUGAUUACUGUGUUGUGCAGCAAUUAUAAAUGCUUUGUUUCUUGCAAUCAAUCUACAUAGACAAAGUAACGCUUCAUAUUUCUAUACUGUAUGCAAAUAUCUGUCAUAGGCAGUGGCAACUCUUCAAAAUGUAUGUGUGUAAUAGGGUGCAGCCUCAGGACAGUUGUGUUUUGGCUCAUUGUGCACUAUCAUAGGACAGUCUGAAAUAUUGUACUUUUUAUUGUAUUUGCUAUUAUUGGAUCAUUGGACUGACUGAUUGAAUGAUUGGAGUCAAACGUCUUGAAGAAAAAAAGGCAUAAGGAGAAAUCUAGUAAAGCAAUCCUGCUAAGACUUUAAUUCUGAGUUUAGAGAUUGAACUUUGUUAUUGAAAUCAGACUUUGAUUUCACGCUACCAAAAAACUUUAAUCAACAUGUGAAAUUGUUCAAAUCCACAACAAUAGCACUUAUUAUACACAGCAAGAAUGGCGUUUGUUGUUUUAAUGGUCACUCUUUUAUUUUCUUACUAUUUUAAAUGUAAUGUAUGUCACUGGAGGUGCUAAAAUUCAAGUUUUCUUAGCCUAUAACCAUGUUGUGCAUUGAAUGACAUAAGUCUUGUGUGAUACAUCCUGUUCUGUUUUUCCAUAAUAAAUGGUUAAAUUUG